UUCGAAGCUGUAGCUGUAUCUGUAUCUGAGUGCUCGGCGAUCGGCUGGUUGGCUUUCACCUCAGAAUUACCUUGCCGUACUGCCGCUGACGAAUAACGUUCAGUCGAGACCGAGCUCAUCCGCGAUACAGUUGAUUUUCGCAUCUAACAGACAAAAUGGCUGAUGUUCCAAAGCGUGAAGUUGAAAAUGUCGAAUUCGUUUUCGAAGUCAUGGGCUCCCCCGGUGAGGGCAUUGAUGCCGUCGACCUAGGUGAUGCCCUCCGCGCUCUGAACUUGAACCCCACCUUGGCGCUGAUCGAGAAACUGGGCGGCACCAAGAAGCGCAACGAGAAGAAGAUCAAGCUGGAUGAGUUCCUGCCCAUCUACUCACAGGUCAAGAAGGAGAAGGAGCAGGGCUGCUACGAGGACUUCAUCGAGUGCUUGAAGCUCUACGACAAGGAGGAGAACGGCACCAUGAUGCUGGCUGAGCUGCAGCACGCCCUGCUGGCGCUGGGUGAGAGCUUGGAUGACGAGCAGGUGGAGACCCUGUUCGCCGACUGCAUGGAUCCCGAGGAUGAUGAAGGAUUUAUCCCCUACUCUCAGUUCGUCCAGCGCCUGAUGAGCGACCCUGUCGUCUUCGACUAAACACAUUCCUCGCCAGAAUGUGUGACAGACCCGAUCAGCUAAAAUAGUUGAAAACAACAGCUUCAAACCAACUACAACAACACCAACCAACUUUUAGCGACAACCAUUCUCCAUAGAUGUUAUAUUCAUCGCUAACUCUCUCUAUCUCUCUCGUAUAUUAUUUUAAUUAAAAAUUACUUCUGCUACUACAACUGCAAAAUUGAACUUCAAGAUAAUAUUAUUUUUUAAAAAAUAAAAAAAUUUAAAUUAUAAAAUAACGAAAAAAAAACUGAAAAAUA